AUGGAUCGUCUUUUAGCAUCUGCUUCUUCUCGUUCAUUGUUAUAUCUUCGUCCAACACGCCAUUUGUCAUCAUUUAAACCGACUUUAUCCGAAUUGAGAUCUCGAGCGGUGUUAAGUCUCGUCAAUCAAUUCGAAUCAUCCAAACAACGUCCAUCGGUUCCAUCUUUAACAAGCUUCGAUUCGACUAAUGAGCUGAACACACUUUUUCCUUUACCGGGACACGUUGGAUUUGCCAGUCUCGAAACCAAAAAGCUACUCAAACACAAUUCAAAUCAUCUUAACAAUGACUUAUUGGAACAAUUCAAUACUACAAAGGAUAUUCUAUCAGCACUAAAGAAAAUCGAAGGAGAAUGUUUCGAAGUUCGUAGUUACAAUUGCUCACAUACGAUUCGCUCAGAAUUCAAUUCUUUAUUUCUUAAUUACGAUACUAUAACACAACCGCUAACAGCCAUUACAAUAGUAUUUCAAACGGAAUCCGACAUGUCAAAAUGGUCUGUCAAAAUCGAAGAAGAACGAAAACAGUUGACUGACAAAUUCAUUCAAGUUGCCCAAGAAAUAUCAACUUAUCUUAGUAAUCAACAAUAUUGGGUUGACUUUAUUGAUCCAUCGAAUGGUAAACCCUAUUACGGUCCACCAACAACCGAUGCUCUUUUCGAAACCGAUGAACGUUUCCGACAUUUCGGCCUGAAUGUUGUCGAUCUAGGCUGCUGUCGCGUAAUUGAACAUCUCCAACAUGGCACGAAUGUAUUCGUUGGUUGUAUAUUUACAAGUGCACCAAAGGCUGAUCCAAGUAUUCAACAUUUACUGAAAGAGUUUACAACCCAGCAUCCCACACAACAAGAUUAA